GCCCGGGACCCGGGACGCCGUUGGUUGGUGUGCGGCGGGAGGGCGUGGCGCAAGAGGCGCCGUUGGUUGGCCGGCGGCGAGCGGGGGCGGGCCAUGGCCCUGCUACUGUACCUGGGCCUGACGGCGGCGCUGGCCCGGGGCUGCCUGCACUGCCACCGCAACUUCUCGGACAAGUUCUCUUUCUACCGCCAUCACGUGAACCUGAAGUCCUGGUGGGUGGGCGACAUCCCCGUGUCGGGCUCGCUGCUCGCCGACUGGAGCGAGGACACAAUGAAGGAGCUACACCUGGCCAUCCCCGCGGAGAUCACCCGGGAGAAGCUGGACCAAGUGGCGAACGCCGUGUACGAGAAGAUGGAUCAGCUGUACCAGGGGAAGAUGUAUUUCCCCGGGUAUUUCCCCAACGAGCUCCGGGCUAUUUUCCGGGAGCAGGUGCAUCUCAUCCAGAAUGCCAUCAUUGAAAGCCGCAUCGACUGUCAGCGUCACUGUGGCAUCUUCCAGUACGAGACCAUCUCGUGUAGCAACUGCACCGACUCGCAUGUCAUCUGCUUUGGCUACAAUUGCGAGUCAUCUGCGCAGUGGGAGACAGCUGUGCAGGGCCUCCUGCACUACAUAAAUAACUGGCACAAACAGGACAACGGCAUGAGGACGACUCCAGCCUUCCUGAUAUCACCGAGCUUCACGUGCCUAGAGCCCCCACAUCUGGCCAACCUGACUCUGGAGAACGCUUCUGAGUGCCUGAUGCAGCACUGACGGCCGCCGGGCCUACCGGACUCGCCCCAGCCUCGGCCUGGGGCCAGGACUCAGCUGGGCUGUCCUAGCUUGACCCUGGGAGCAGCUUGCUGCCCCCUGGGGGCCCCCCACCCCCAUCAGCCUGGGCAUGGCCGGGGCCGGGUGGAGGAGAAGGGAGACGAGUUUGUAUAUAGCAGAUGCCAGGCGGGAUCACAGAGCUACUGGAUGAUUAAAUGUCUCUGACACUUCUCACCACGGAGCAGUCCCUUGGGGGGCUGGGAGAACCAUGUGGGAUAACGGGCUGGGGCCCAGGCAAGGCACAUCUGGUCACAGGCGCCAGGAGGAACGGCGGGUCCCACGUUCCCAGGCCAAUUGGGUCGCAGUCUGCCUCAGUGUACCUGGAUGGGCUCGCCUAUGAGUAAGCUGGGGAGCGAGUGGACUCUUUCGCUGACUCGGCCGGAGUGCAGGCUGCUUCGGUGGCGUGGGGCUGGCCCUCGGCGCAAGGAGCCCCAGGGGGCUUGGUCCGGGCUGGACGGCUGUCUCCAUGGAAGCAAGUGCUGCCCGGAGGUGCCUUCUGUGCCUGAGAGUGUGUGUGUGUUGGCCUGUGCGCCACUGGCUUCCUCCUCCAGCUCCGUUGCGGGGCAUCACAGGACAGAAGACCCCGCCGGGCUUCCUACUGCGGUUCCCCUGAUGUAAUGCCAGCUACUGCUUACGUGGGCACAUUUGUGUUUAAGGCAGGAAACUCUGGCAGGGGUUAGACAAUAUGGUGUGCACCAAGACUCAGGUGACACUACAGGCAGACUAUCAAAAGAGCAGAGCUGGGUCUUCAACAAGCCCCAUUCCGAGGCACGCAUGCUGGAAGCAGGGCUGGCCAUCUCCAGG